GAAACAUUUAGAGAGAGAGAGAGGGAAUGACUCUGAAAGCUGCGAUCCUUCGGCAUAUGAGAAUUCCUGUGCGAGCAGGAGCAGUAUCGACGAAUGUGCCAUCAUUUCUCUGCAACUCCUCUCCAUUUUCAUUGAAGAAGAGAUGGAUGUCUUCUCACGAUGAGGGGCUGGACAAAGAGGAGGUUAUUGAGAGGGUUCUCUCUCUUUUGGAUUGUUUUAAAAAAAUCUCCCCAUCUCAGGUCACGCCCACUGUCCAUUUCCAGAAAGAUUUGGGUCUAGAUAGCUUGGAUACUGUGGAGAUUGUGAUGGCUCUUGAAGAAGAAUUCAAGCUGGAGAUACCCGACAAAGAGGCUGACAAGAUUGAUUCCUGUGAGCUCGCAAUUGAGUACAUCUCUAAUCACCCCAUGGCGGGUUAGUUGAGGAAAGGGUUUCACCAUAUUUUCCUUUAUUUUCUUUUCCUUUCCAGUUAUUUUUGUCUUCGUAGUCCCAAAAGAAUUUGUAUUUUUCCUGGAUAAUUGAAAGGUUAUAGAUAGAACAGGGAGUUGGAGUCUAUCUUAAUUAAGGUCUGUUUUAUAUAUUUAGUGGUGAAUAAUGCGGUUUUAAUUGAUGAUGAUAUGAAAAAUUGCAGUCCAGCCAUAAUGGAUAGUCGGUUGGUUAAUUGAAUA